UAGAAAGUAAGUGAUUUAUGAUGAUUAUCUAAGUGUACGAUGUAAUUUUCAUAUUCUAGUUUAAUUAUCUAUGGCAAAGUUGGUAGAACCUAUUUCAAUUUGAAUACUCGUAAAUAACAAAUUCUAGUGUCAUUGAAUUAGGAAAAAUUGCUGCUAAAAAGCUAAUAAUAAAUAUGAAGCCAGCCGCAAUUACUUUUUUGGUAGCUCUAUUUAGCACUCUAGCUUUCGGCCUACUUAACCCAAAGGAUUAUGGAAAAACUUUCAAGGAUAUGGCAAUACAUGCUCAUCGUUUGUGUAAGCUUACUACAGAUGUUUCACAACAAUUGAUAGAUGGAGUUAAGAAUGGUCAAUUUCCAGAUGAUGAACCUUCAAUUCAGUAUUACACCCUUUGUCUGUGGUUGGUUUGUAAUGAAUUAGAUAACGAUUUAAAAUUGAAAAAAGACAAGUUACUUCCAUACCUGGAUGAAAUGAAGUUAUCCCAAGACGCUAACGCAUAUUUAACCUGUAACGAAAACGCUCUGAAAUUAAAUGAAACAAGGCCACACAAAAUAAUAUGGGAAAUGCAAAAAUGUAUACAAAAAAACAUCGAUGCGGAGAGAUAUAUAUUUUUCUGAAGUAAUCCCUGAAGAUGUAGAAACACAUUCUUCUGAAAUUAUAUGUUUUUUAUAAUAAUUUCUGUAUUAAAUACAAUUUCCAAAUCGA